GGAGAAGCGGCCGCAGCCGCAGCCGCCUCAGAGCUCCGAGGAGCUGGAGGAUUUGCACAAGCUGCUACACUUCCCCGAGGAGGUGGCGAUCAGGUUGUCCGAGUCCGAGUACCAGUUGUUCUACCAGGUCCCGCCGAGCGAGUACCUCCGCCACGUAGCCCAGGACGUGAGCACACCUCGCAAAAGCCCGCGACCCCCUGCGUCGCCUGGCUGCACCCCGAGCACCGCCAACACUGCGACGCAAACCGAGGGGGGGGAGUGGGGGGGACUGGCACCCGUCUUCUUGUCUGUGCAGACCCUCAUCAACCGCUUUAAUGAGGUGAGCUCAUGGGUAACCAACGCUGUAACGAAUGGCGUCACCGUCGAAGAAAGACAGGCGGUACUGUCCUGCCUUCUACGGGUCGCUCAGACAUGCUGGAAUACGGGAAACUUUAACUCGGCGAUGGAAAUCAUAGCUGGCCUCAAAUCGAACAAGUUAAAACCGUUCUGGCAGAGCGUGAACGAGCCGUUGCCAAUCUUGGAAGAUCUCUCCACCGCUCUCCUCUCUUCCAAGUAUGAAGAAGCUCUGGCCCGAGCCCUGGCGAUGCCAGAGUGUCCGGUGGUGCCAUUUUUCGGAGCGUUCCUCAGGGAGCUGCGAGAAGCUCUGGCCGCCGAGACGAAGUACAACGCUGGGUCGGAGCCGAAAGAGAAGAGUUUGCAUGCUAGCAGUAACAAGGGUGAGCCCCUUGAACAUGUGCCUUCAUCCUCGCCUGGCGCGAGGAUCAGUGUGGAGAGUAAUGCGGAGGCACCCUCGGGGUGGAGUUCGGCAAGUAGUUCGCCAAAGUUCCGCCUUGAAGUGGUCGACGACACCCAAGCAGUGCUGGACAAGGUGGGGCUCUUCCACCAGCACCACCACGCCCGGGGAAAGGAUGCGGCGACGAGCUCGCUCCACCGGACCCUGAGCAUUCACACGACGGCCCUGGAGCAGGCCUACAUGACGGAAGAGUGCGACGAGAACGACUACCACCUGGACCUGGACACCUAUCAGCCGGUCCAACCGCUGGCGAACGAUCACGGGGUGGCUCUUUUCCCCGUCGGAGCUCCCCACGCCGGAAUGAACCACCACGUCCUGCAGAUCCUGCACCACGGGACAACGUUGGUCCACUGGGACUGCGACGGAGGAACGUCAAGGACGGCGUUGGUUUACGCUCGCGUCGACCGUGCGUGCGGUACCUUCACCUGGGAGAAACCGGUCUGGAGUCCCCUGAAGACCGCCUCCCUCGGGACGACGGUCACCGAGUUCUCGCUCUUCGUCAACCCCGAGGAGUCGCUUCCGGCAGGACUGACGACCAAGUACGCGGCUCGACUUCCGGACUGCGCCGCGGUCACCCUCGAGGACGGGUACCUGGACCUGAGCUCCGUCAAGGAGAUCAUGAUCGGAUGCUGCGACCGAGACCGCGACGCCGACCUCAGAGCCAUCUGCAAGAGGUACGGACUCCCGGGUUCCGAUUCCUGCAUAGGCCUGAUGUACGGAACCAGCCUCUCCGACAAUCGACUCAUCUUUCUGCUCUGUCCGCCCGCCCUGAACAAAAUUUGGUACAUGGGAUUGUGCUGGAUACUUAGAGGCUUGAAACGUCAGCAGCAACUCACCGAUCGCAGAUCACGAUGGCUGAAGGAAAAGUUCCUUCAGCUGUAUUUCGAGGAGCCGGGAAUAAUGCCUGUCACUGCCGACGCGAUUCGCGUUUUCGGCGGACGUGAUUGGGCUAUGACGGACAGCAUCGGCACGCUCUCACCGACCGGAAGUGCCACGAUGCGCCGCAGGAACGUGAAGGGAAAGAAGACGAAGUCCAUCGGAAACAUCCACGCGCUGACAAAGGAGCUGAGCUUCAAGCAGUACGAUUCUUCGUCGUCGGACGGAGGUUUGACCACCGCGCCGUUGCGACACGUCGCUGGCAGCAGGGAAUCCUUGACAAGGAUAAUCCCGGCAUCCCCACGGUCAAGCAGGGAGAGAAUGCCGCCGCGUAGUCCCCCGGGAUCCGCAGAGAGGAUCGUCACCUCCAACCUGCCGUAUUCCAGCCUGCAAAGUCUUUUGUGUGUUGCCAGAGACAAAGACAGGAACGGAUCGAGCGGACUGAGCGGAGCUUCCCAGGCGCCGUGCCACGUGAAAGCGAGGGCGAAUGCGAUAAUGUACGAAACGCAGCUAAACUUCGUUGAAUUCGUGGCGUUGUUUCGAUCGUUCAGUCUUCGGGCCCGAAAGGACCUCCGGGAUCUUUUUGGACAGCUGGCCAUCACUCGUCGAAGCCAGAGCGACGGAUCUCUUCGUGACUUUAACGCUCGUCCGUCGGUUUUGAGGCAAGCAAGUGAUUCGACCCCACAGCGUAUCGGUCUGCUUACCCGAAAUAACUCAAUCGAUUGCCACGAAUACAAGACCAGCAGUAAUUUACAAAACAAGCAAAUAUUCGACGCAAUCGCGGCUACCAGUAUCGUGAACAAUUGUUCCGGGGUUGAUACGUCAAAGUCGCAAGUCAUCACACUCACCACCUUUACAAAGUUUCUCGAAUCGCGCCAACAGGAGAAGCUCACCGACGACGAAAUCAAAGCGCUUGUCAAGAGACACGAACCAGACCCUGCGCUACGGACCCAAAUGUGUUUAUCCUUUGAGGGAUUUGCACGGUACAUGAUGGACAAGGACAACUACGCCUUCGCAAACGAGUACGCGGCUCCCGUUGAAACUGACAUGCAGCAGCCCUUGUCUCAGUACUACAUAGCAAGUUCGCACAACACCUACCUAACGGGUCACCAACUCAAAGGCGAGUCCUCCGUGCAGCUUUAUUCACAGGUCCUGCUGACCGGAUGCCGUUGCGUCGAGCUGGACUGCUGGGACGGAGACGAUGGUUCCCCGUUAAUUUACCACGGGCACACAUUCACCACGAAAAUCCCUUUUCGGCUGGUCGUUGAAGCGAUCGACAGAAGUGCCUUCGUCAGCUCUCCUUACCCGGUCAUUCUCUCCUUGGAGAAUCAUUGUUCCCAGAGUCAACAGGCUCGAAUGGCUCAAAUCUUCCAGUCGGUAUUCGGGGACAAACUCGUCACGAAAUUCCUCUACGAUUCGGAUUUCGGCGAGGAUCCUCAGCUGCCAUCGCCUUCUCAGCUUCGCUACAGGAUUCUAAUAAAGAACAAAAAACUUGUGGUCGAUCCUGGCGGGCCUCUGCCUCACGUGCCUCUCGGUCAUCGCGGUAAAAUGCUCAUGACCGACAGAGCCUCGUCCAUGAAGCAGAUGCGCACCGACAUCAACGUCACUAAUUCCGUGGUCGAUUACUUCAGCGAGGACGAAGACGACGAGGACGACGAGGACGACGACGACAACGUGGACGACAACUCGAUCUCGAGCUACGAGAAGUACCUGGGAGGCAGUCAGAGGUCAGAUCACGGUCGUCUGAAGUCGGACACGGCGGUGGAUGACAAGUCGCAGAAGCAGAGUAGUCAGAUAGCAAAAGAACUCUCGGACCUGGUAGUGUACCUUCAGGCGAUAAAAUUCCGGGGCUUGAACACGACCCCGGGCCCAGGAGUGCCGGUGCGGAUACGUCACCCAGGUCAAACGGGCCCGAUCCAACGGCACAGCAUAGCAGGAAUUGGGACCAGCGGGACGCCGGCUUCUUCCGGAUCCCCGCAGUCCCUGUCGACCUCGGCUUCGCUCGCCAGCGGUGGGAACAACAUCGAAACCUUGUUCCGAUCGACCCGCAGUGUUCCGGCCUGCUUUCAGUGUUCGUCUCUCAACGAGAGCGCGGCGAAGAAGAUAUGCCGGAAGCAGCCUCUGGGCGUUGUGGCGCACGCCGAGACCCAGCUGAUUCGAACUUACCCGGCGGGCAUGAGGAUCGACUCGUCGAACUUCAAUCCGGUGAUAUUUUGGGCGUUCGGUAUCCAGAUGGUGGCCUUGAACUACCAGACGGACGACGCGGCGCUUCACCUCAACGCCACGAUGUUCGAGCAGAACGGUCAGUGCGGAUACGUCAGGAAGCCGUCGGUCAUGUGGGACAAGGGGCACAUGAUGUACAGGCGGUUCAACCCCUGGGACAAGGAGUUCGACGGUCUUCACUCGGCGCACUUGACCCUGUCGAUAGUGUCCGGGCAGUACGUCUCGCCGACUAAUCUCCUCUCCAGCACCUACGUGGAGAUCGAGCUCGUCGGUAUACCGAUAGACUGCGCCAAGCACAAGACAAAGGCGAUACAGAACAACGCCUUGAACCCGAUUUGGAACGAGAAGUUCUGCUACCAAGUAAUGUUCAAGGACCUCGCCUUCCUCAGGUUCAGCAUCGUCGACGCAAGCUCGCACCAUCUCAUAGCUCAACGUGUCCUGCCUUUGAAGUGCCUGAGGCCAGGCUACAGGCACGUCAGACUCCGAUCGUGCAAGAACAAGCCCCUCGCCCUCUCGACCCUCUUCAUAUACUCCCGGCUGGAGGAGGAGAGCCUGGACUACGACGACACCUGCUGCCGUGAGCACAAGGAGCCGAAGAGGGGCCCGUCGACGUCUGGCAAGGAGACGGAGAAGCUGGUCAGCGUGGACCCGGUACUGGGCGGGGUGACGCUGAAGCGACGGAUGUUCUUCCUCAUGGUGUACCACGUGAUACCGGAAGAGCCGUACACCAUUCUCAAGGUAACGCAGGAGAGCACGACCCAGGAAGUGAUGCUACAAGCGCUGCAGAAGGCCGGGAUAUCGGCCGAGCACGUGGACGAGUACAUCCUGGUCGAGGAGGUCUCCAGGGGUUGGGAAAAGCGGGAGAGAGAGGAGCUGCCGACGCAGAGGGUCCUCGACCCCUCGGAGCACCCGCUGCAGGCACAGGGCCUCUGGAAGGGCCAGGGAAGGUUCCUCCUGAAACGCGUCGGCGACGAUCCGAGCAGCCGGGCGUGGCUGGCCUCGAUAAGAAGCACGGCGGCCCACUCGAGACUGAACGACACUUCGCCGAGGGAGAAGAGCACCCACAUCUGGGACGAGGCGGACACCUUCCUCGUCUGCAUCUACAACGUCUCGCCGGAGAUCCCCUACGCUAUACUUCGAGUCCCGGUGAGCAGUUCGGCUCAGGACGUUCUGGCCCAGGCCUUGGUGAAGGCGAGGCGGAUGGAGGACCCGAUCAAGUUCGCCCUCGUCGAGGAGCUAGAGUGGGGCGGGGUUGGCGCGGUAGGAAGCGGAAAUCGGCAGCAGCGGGUCCUCCGCGACGACGAGAACGUCUACAGUACCCAGGCUCUUUGGAAGACCCUGGGGAGGUUCAUUCUUCGGGAACGAGAACAGGUCCUGCCGAGACGGCACCUGCUUCCGGCGACCCUCGACCGGCUGAGCAAGGGUUUUUCGGUCGGUAGAUCGGUAUCGCUUCCGGGAUCCGGAAAGGAGAAGGUACCAGUAGCAGAGGCCCUGUCCGACCCGACCUCGAGGGGUCUUCGGCACCGGCUUCUGCUAUCGGGCCGCAGAAGAGAGGUUCAUUCCGACGGCGAGGAAUCACGCGAAUCCGACAUACUGAAUGCCGCGUUGCAUCUGAAGAAGGUUUCGCUGAGGAAGUUUCGCGUUUGGAAGUCCUAGCUAACAAAUUACACGAGGAACGUAUUCCUCGAUAUGUCGUUAUAAUGAAAAUUGGAAA